AAAAACAAAUGUGCUAUCAUCGAAAGAACAGCAAAUAAAAACAGAAAAAAUGAAGUCAUAAAUAUUUUUGAGAAUUAUUUCUCAUUCAUAUUUCUUGCAAAAAGAAAAGAAAAAAAUGAUUUUUUUGAGAAUUAUUCAUAAAUGCAAUGAGUUUGAUAGCCAUAGAGAUCAGAAUUUGUGGAAUCCUGAUUUCUGUUUUAUGAAUAAGAAGAUAUAUCAGGCUUCGUUAUUAUAGAGAUCAUAUUAUAGAACCACAAAAACAAAACAAAAUGUUUGGAUUCAGUAUAAGAACUGGUAGGCAAAAUGCCUCAAGUUCACCAAGUUCAAUGACAGGAUCUCCAUCAUCUGUUGGUGGUUCACCAAAAACGACAACAGCAAGUACAGGUUCACCAAAGGCAGAAGUUGGAGAAAUUGAUACAAGAGCACCAUUUCAAUCUGUGAGAGCUGCUGUUAGUUUGUUUGGUGAUACUGGUUCUUCACCUCAGUCUAAACCAACCAUUAAAAGAUCAAAAACUAUUGAAGAGAGGGUGCUAGAAAAGGAGAGUAGGCUACAUUUGGCCUUAAGAGAACUAGACAGCUUCAAAGAACAAAUAAGAAGCACAGAAACCACAAAGGCUCAAGCUCUCCGCGACCUCGAAAAGGCUAAAAGAACACUCCAAGCACUCACGGGAAAGCUCGAGACACUAAGUGAGUCGAAGCAAUCAGCUAUUGAGGCGACAGAAACAGCAAAAGCGCGAGCCAUUGAGCUCGAAGAAGAGAAAUCGAGUAAGCCUGUAGUAGGGACAGAUGCUUGGAAACAGAAUGUUGAAGCCGAAAGAGAACAAUAUCGAACAUCUUCAGGUGAACUAAACUCCGCGAAACAAGAGCUUACAAACCUCCGUCAGGACUUUGACGCGGCCUUGGAGGCUAAAUUGGCCGCGUUUCAAGAAGCUGCAGACGCGCAGCACAACGCGGCCAUCAAUAGAGAGAGGCUAGGUAAGCUCUCGAAAGAAGUGACUACGUUACAGGAAACGUUGGGACAAGUAAAAAUUGCAUCUCUCCAAGCACAAGAAGAACACGAAAAGCUUAUUGCAGAUAAAGAAACUCACUUGCAUUCACUCAAAACGGCGAAAGAAGAGGCAGAGGAGAAAAUCAAGGUCCUCAAAGAGGAUCCUGACUCACAACUAGUAACCGAAAACCUCAUAGAGAAACUCGAGGUAACCAAUGAGGCGAUGCACGUGUUGCAAGAACAACUCAACAAAGUCCGCGCCUUGGAUUUGGAAGCGUAUAACAAAGCAAAUGCAGAGCUAGAUGCUGCAAAGAACGUAUUGAAAGUGAUAGCCGCGGAGGAAAGUUCCCUGCGCAGCACUGUUGAUUCACUCAAACAAGAAGUAGAACGCGUGAAAGGUGAACUCAACGAGCUGAAAAAGAAAUCAGAAGAAAAAGAGUUCCUCAUCGAAAACUUAAAGUUGGAGCUCGAAAACAGCAAGAAAGAUCUCGAAACAAGCAUUUCGGCUACAACAAAAGCAGGAGGAGAUUCCAAUGACUUACCUUCAAGAAUCCAACAGUUAACUUCCGAGGCGAAUCAGUACUCAAAAGAAGCAGAAGAGAUGAAGAAAAGUGCAGAAAUACUCAGACAAGACGCGAAAACAAAACAAGAAACAACUAAAGAAACAGAAGAAAAACUAAAAAUCGCGCUAAAAGAAGCUGAAGAAGCGAAAGCAGCACAGAAACUCGCAGACGAUAAGAUACACAAUCCAUCAUCAACAUCAACUACAACAACAACGACAGCAAACGAUGCUAAUGAUGAUGAUGACAAAAAACAUUCAUCAGAACCAUCUAACGGAAAGAUAAGACUAUCAGUUGAAGAAUUCGAGGCGUUGAAAAAAAGAGUUGAGGGGAUCAAGAAUGAUGCUGACAUAAAAGUUGCAACUGUCAUGGCACAAGUAGAAACAAUCAAUGCAAAUGAAAAACACGCGAAAGAAAAACUCGAGGGGUUGUUGAAAGAGAAGGAAGAUAUCAACAUUGCCACACAAGAUGCAUUGAAAACAACAGAAAUGGCAGAAGCAGCAAAGUUGAUUGUUGAAGGAGAACUACAGAAAUGGAGACAAAAGGAACAACAAGAAGAAGAAACUGGAGAAUCAUCUAAUGGUAAUAAUACUGAAGGUACAUAGAGAAAAAAUUGUAAAAAAAAUAAGAACUAUAGUGAUACAUAAAAUGUGAAAUUUUUAUUUAACUUUGUUAUAAUGUUUGUGUAUGUAUGUCAGCAUGUAUGAUUUUCUUUAAGGCAACAGCCUCUGGCAGAAACGCAAGGUAAGGCUGCGUACGACACACCCUUGUGGUGGGGCCCUUCCCCGAAUACCGUGCAUAGUGGUAGCCUUAGUGCACCGGGCUGCCCGUUUUAUUCAAAUGUGCAGAAAGUGUAUGAAUGUCUUGUUACUUAGCAAAAAAAAGACACUUUGUUCUUCUUGGUUCAAUCA